UAUGAACUCUGCCGUACGCACCUUCGGAGCCCAUUCCGUGUUUCCUCAGUCUGCAGGACCUGAACGUUGCCAGCGCCAUUGGGACAGCACCUUACUAGCGAAUUGUCGUCGAUUGUUCCGUCCUUGCUUUAGCUCGCCCUUUAUAGGAGCAUAUCAAUUCAGCGGCCGGCUGCGCCGCGGCAAUCGACCAACUAGCUCCCGCAAACCUUUAACAAUUAAUUUUCAGGAACAGUAGACAUGGGGAUAGAAGGAACCUCUGCUUUGCUCAAUAUCCCUGUCGUGGUGGGGUUGGGCGACCCCGUCAUGGACGUGCUUGCAAGCGUAUCCGCCGACUGGCUUGCCACCGUCACCUCCGAGCCUGGCGGGUGUCUUCCAGUUGAAUCCGAUGUGAUGGAUCAGCUAUUAGUCGAAGCUGCUAAGCGGAGCGAGCUCGUACGGAUACCCGGCGGCAGUGCGGCCAACGUGGUCAAGGGUAUCGCCAACAUCAUGAACUCCGACAGCAGCUGCAGCAGUGACCACAGCAGCAGCACCACCAUUACCAUCACCGCUAGGGCUGACAGCUGCAACGGCUGCGGCGAGGACAGCGGCAGCAGUGGCGCCCAGGGAACUGCGGAGCAGCUGCAGCAGCAACAACGGCGGGUGGAGUGCCGCUUCGUGGGCAUGAUAGGUCGCGACGACACGGGGGCGGAGUACCGCCGCAAGCUGGCAGCGCAGGGGGUCACACCGCUGCUGCUGGAGAGCCGCAGCGGCGCCCCCUCCGCCACCUCGCUCUGCCUGGUGACUCCCGGUGACGGGCAGCGCACCAUGCGCACCUGCCUGGGCGCAUCCCUGGAGCUACGGAGCGAGGGGCAGAUCGCGGAGGCGUGGAGGGAGAUGCAGGGGAUGCAGCUGGCGGUGCAGGGGAAGGAGAAGGAGGCAGGGGCGGCGGUGGAGGCGGCAGCAGCAGCGGGGCAGCAGCAGCAGCAGGAGGAGGAGGAGGGGGAUCAGCACGAGACGGCAAGCGACGGCGGGAGCGAUCACUGGGCUGCGGGAUGUGCGCUGCUGCAUGCGGAGGGGUACUGCUUGUACCGGCCGCAGCUUGCACGUGAGGUGAUGUCCGCUGCUCGCGCCCGGGGCGCCCUGGUCUCCCUGGACCUCGCCUCGUUCGAGCUGGUGCGCAACUGCAAGGGGGCGCUGCUGGGGCUGCUGGAGGACGGUUUGGUGGAUCUGAUCUUUGCGAAUGAGGAGGAGGCGGUUACCCUCGCCAACGAACUACAACUGCUCGACCAACCGCAAGAACACCGCGAACGACAACAACAAGAGGAACAACACCCAUCACAGCAGCCGCAGCAACAGCAACAGCCAGCGGAUGUCGCCGCCCCUUCCUCCUCUUCCCCUCAUGCAAAUGCCCUCACCUCCGCUUCUUCCUCCGCUGCUCCCGACCCCGCUGCUUCCGACCCCACCGCUGCCGCCGUCCGCGCCGCUCAGCGUUUCCUGCUGUCGCCCUCCGGCGGGCGAGUGCGGGUGGCGGUGACCAGUCUGGGGGCGCGCGGGUGUGUGGCGCGGGGCACGGGC